AUGACCUCACCGGAAAAGAUUGAUAUCGGAUUCUCGGCUGGGGCUGCCUUGGUCUACAAGGACGUCGCCUCGCUAGACGUUGUCCAAGAGCAGAUCCGCAUACUGCACCUCGAGCCUGGAUGGGGCUCUACUCCUAUCUCCUGCACUAUCCAUCGCAUUUCUCUGACGUCUGAUCCGCCCCCGAAGUAUGAGGCGCUCAGCUACACGUGGGGUGACCCCAAAGUUACCCGGGAGAUCAUCGUGAAUGGCUAUCUAGUUAACGUCACCUUUAACCUUUACUCAGCACUCUAUCGUCUUCGUCAACUUGAAGAGAUUCGUGCCUUGUGGGUUGAUGCGCUGUGCAUUAAUCAGACUGAUGUGGAUGAGCGUGGUCAGCAGGUUGGGUUAAUGGGCAACAUUUAUUCCAUCUGCGAUAACACCGUCAUCUGGAUAGAUGAGCCGCCAUUCGAGACAUGGCCGGCGCAUUGGUUCGGUGAUGAGAGGGACCAUCCGUCACUGAUAUGGCUGGGGAACGAAUUCGUCUAUUACUCAACGUUACAAGAGCCAGCUGACCCGGCUUCCGUCGACAUCGUCUUCCACGUCUUUGCCAAUCUUAGGCUUAUCCAAGAUUCACAUCUUUUUGAACAGCCGCUAUUCACAGACUUGACGGGAGCCAACUUUGCGUAUCCACCAGACUACAACUUUUACUGCUCCAUGAUGGCGCAGGCUUUGGCUCCGUUUGCGGAUAGUCCUUGGUGGACGAGGAUCUGGACGGUUCAAGAAUGCAUUCUUCCCCAGAGAGCAACCUUCAUAUACGGCCCUGUCUCAAUCGAACUGAAAUUCAUGCUUCGAGCAUUUUCAGCAUUGAGUCGUCACAUGCUGGCAGACUGCUGCAGUACAACGGGCGCGCGGACAAACCCGGAGCUCAUGCCCCGUCUGCGCAAACUGGGCCUCGCCAUGAGGCCUAUUGACCAACUCAGAAGCGAGCGCAGAGAAGGACUAGAGCUUUCGCUCUGGACGGCCCUGGGUGUCACUCGGUCUCGCUUCGCUACCGAUGAUCGUGAUCGUGUCUUUGGCGUGCUCGGCCUUGUCAACUCGUGGAUUAGAGAACCCAUCGUGCCAAACUACAGGGCCAAGACUGAAGAAAUCUACACGCUGGCAACCCUCGAUGAGAUACUCGCAACAAACAGUCUAUCGCCUCUACAUUUUCCGCUGCAAAAGGAUAUUUACCCAGAUGUUCCUUCGUGGGUUAUCGACUGGACCGCGGGCAGCAACGUUUCACUUCGACUGAAUGUAUAUCAAUGGACUCAAGAGCAUUAUCUUCAAUUUCACGUGUCGCAUAAGCACCCAUCUCACGUCGUGGCUCGGGAUAGCAACCGAGUGCUCGAAGUCAAAGGCCGUCAAUGCGAUCGAGUUGCCCUUGUUGGCCCGACAUGCAAACAUGGAAUACCAAAAGACAAGCGAAGCGUAUACUGCCAGUGGUUCAAGCUCUUUGAGCUUGAUCGAAAUCCUUCAAGGUUGUACAAAACCGGCGAACCCUAUUUUGAUGCUUUCUGGAAGUGUCUUUGCUGGGAUCUUGUCCUUUCGGUGGAUGGACCUGCUGAAAAGGCUCACUUUAGGAGAUCCAAGGGAACUACAGAUAGUUACGAGGCUUUUGUUGCCUUUGCUCCAGUAUCACCGUACUCGGUAUUCCACCCGGAGGGUCUUUCUCCAGAGGAUCGAGAGGCAGCUGUGCACUUUGAUCCAAGGUUUGACAUUGGCCAACAUGCUGGGACGAGGGAGCACACAUCCGAAACUUUCAUCACAGAGCAGUUAAUUGGAGGCAUAACUUUAAAUACGGCCAUGUUUAUGACAGAGUCCGGGUACCUGGGACUGGGACCUGCAGAGACGCAGGUUGGGGAUGAGGUGUGGUGCUUAUUUGGUAGUUGGAUGCCUUUUGUGCUAAGGCCGACUGGGAAGACCCAAGAGGUCGUCACUGGAAAGGGAGAAAAGCCGCUGCAUUCGGUAUUGGGGAUCUGUUAUGUACACGGGGCUAUGGAUGGUGAGGUUGCCGAUGACGAGAACCUCCCAAUCGAGACUGUCUACCUUGUUUGA